AUGGGGAAAGGGGGAAAGGGGGGAGAAGUUGGAGGUUUGGCAUACCGGGCUAGGAUGCAUCGUCUUUUUGCUGAGCUGGAGCCUUCUAUAACCGGCACAGAGCGAAACCUGGCAGACCGAGUUCGGUAUAUCUUGCGCUCAAAUAUAUUUGAUGUCGCAGAACUCGAACGGCUACGACGUGAGGCUGUUCCUUCAUCGGUGAAAAUGCUACGGCUGAGGGUGCGGCGCCACAACUUGCAGAGCAAACGGAAAACGUGGAUGCCGCCGUGA